AGUCUUUAUGGCAUCCGCAUUCUUCUAUGGGACAUUGAUGUCUGAUGACGUUUUGUUGAGAGUGCUAUGUGGACCAUAUGCAACUCCGGAUAUAAAACAACAAAAGAAAGACGCUCUUCAGUUACGACCUGCUUCUCUUAUUGGUCAUCAAAGAUUCGCUCUUAAAGGUCUGCCUUUUCCUGGCAUCAUUAGAACAAAAUCUGAAGAUCAAGUACGUGGCAUACUUUGUGAAGGAUUGAAUGCUAAUGAUGUAAUGCGUCUUGAUGAAUUCGAAGGACCGGAAUAUGACCGCUCUACUGCUGCUGCCAUGGUAGACGGACAAAGAGUGCCUUGUCAGGUUUACCUUUGGAUAGGUGGAGAACAACAUUUAGAAAGUCAUGAUUGGGAAUUAGAAGGAUUUGUUAAAGGCGCUCUUGUAGACUGGCUGAAAGAUAGGAGUGAAUUCAAUAUGUCCGACACAUUAGACAUAUAAAGCAUCUCUUAUAUUACUACUCUUAUCAUUUCUUCUUGUUAUUCUUCUUUUCCUUUUUUAAUUAAAAAUAUAUACGGACACGAUCAAGAAGGUAUUUUUACUUUCUUACUGUCGGGACCAC